GGGCUGUUUUUCAGUUUGUCUCGCUACAAACAGCAGCAGUAUUACCAGUCCCUGGUGGACCUUCAGCAGCGGGGCCCCGAAGCCGGUCAGGCCAAAACCCAGCAAGACAUGCAGUCCAGUCUGGCAGCCAGAUAUGCAACUCAGUCUAAUCACAGUGGAAUUGCAACCAGUCAGAAAAAGCCUACUAGGCUUCCAGGCCCCUCUAGGGUGCCAGCUGCAGGCAGCAGCAAGGUCCAGGGAGCCUCUAAUCUAAAUAGGAGAAGUCAGAGCUUUAACAGCAUUGACAAAAACAAGCCUCCAAAUUAUGCAAAUGGCAAUGAAAAAGAUUCCUCCAAAGGACCUCAGCCUUGUCCAGGUGUAAAUGGUAACAUGCAGCCCCCCGGCCCUACCGGGCCGCCCCCCGCCUCCGCCAUCCCCGCUCCCAGCGCCAGCAAGCCCUGGCGCAGCAAGUCCAUGAACGUCAAGCACAGCGCCACGUCCACCAUGCUGGCCGUGAGGCCGUCGAGCCCGGCCACCUCGCCCACGCCGUCCGCAGACAGACCGAAGGCCCCGGUCUCCGAAGGCGUCAAGACCGCCACCUCGGGGCAGAAGUCCAUGCUGGAGAAAUUCAAGCUGGUCAAUGCGCGGACUGUUCUCCGCGCCCCGCAGCCUCCCAGCGCGGGGCCCAGCGAGGCUGCCAAGGACGACGACGCCUUUUCUGAAUCUGGUGAAGCGGAAGGUUUUAUUAUCAGCGGCCUGAACAGUGGUGGCUCAACAAGUAGCAGCCCCAAAGUGUCACCGAAAUUAACGCCCCCGAAAGCUGGAAGCAAAAAUCUCAGCAAUAAAAAGUCUUUGCUACAGCCAAAGGAAAAAGAGGAGAAGAGCAGGGACAAAGGUAAAGUUUGCACUGAAAAGGCAGCCAAGGACGAGAAAGACCAGGCGCCGGAGCCGGCUCCGAAGAAGGCCUCCAAGAUUGCGAGCCUGAUCCCCAAGGGCAGCAAGGCGGCGGCGGCGGCGGCGGCCAAGAAGGAAAGCCUGCCCGCGCCCUGCAGCGGGAUCCCCAAGCCCGGCGCCAAGGUGCCCGCGGCCAAGCCGCCCGCGGCGCCGGGCUGCAGGGAGCCGGAGAGGGCCCGGCCCGCGAAGGCGGGCGCGUCCCAGCCGGCGCCCCGGCCGCCCCCCGACAGAGGCCCGGCGGAGGGGCGCGCCGCCGGACAAGCGCCGGCGGGCGCGGCGUCGGGGGCCCCGGGCGGGCCGAGCGCGGGCGGCGGCGUCCAGCUCCCGGCGCAGCAGUCCAGCCGCCCCAACACGGCCACUGUGGCCCCGUUCAUCUGCAGAGCACAUUCAGAAAAUGAAGGUACCUCUUUAUCAUCUGGCGACUCCUGUACCAGUCCUACUAAGAUGGAUUUAUUAUAUAAUAAGACUGCUAAGCAGUGUCUAGAGGAGAUAUCUGGUGAAGACCCCGAAACCAGAAGAAUGAGAACGGUUAAAAACAUAGCAGAUUUGAGGCAGAACUUAGAAGAGACUAUGUCCAGUCUUCGUGGGACCCAGAUAAGCCACAGCACCCUGGAGACAACGUUCGACAGCACAGUGACAACAGAAGUGAACGGAAGGACCAUCCCCAACCUGACGAGCCGACCCACGCCUGUAACCUGGAGGCUGGGCCAGGCGUGCCCCCGGCUUCAGGCUGGCGAUGCCCCCUCUCUGGGUGCUGGCUACUCUCGCAGCGGGACCAGCCGGCUCAUCCACACAGACCCCUCAAGGUUCAUGUACACAACACCUCUCCGUCGGGCAGCUGUCUCUCGGCUGGGAAACAUGUCACAGGUGGACAUGAGUGAGAAAGCGAGCAGUGACCUGGAUGUGUCUUCUGAAGUUGAUGUUGGUGGAUAUAUGAGUGAUGGUGACAUCCUUGGGAAAAGUCUCCGGUCCGAUGACAUCAAUAGUGGAUACAUGACAGAUGGAGGACUCAACCUGUAUACUAGAAGUUUGAAUCGAAUACCAGACACAGUGACAUCUAGGGAUGUCAUUCAGAGAGGGGUUCAUGACGUCACAGUGGAUGCAGACAGCUGGGAUGACAGCAGCUCUGUGAGCAGUGGUCUUAGCGACACGCUUGAUAACAUCAGCACGGACGACUUGAACACCACCUCCUCAGUCAGUUCCUACUCCAACAUCACCAUCCCUUCCCGGAAGGGCACCCAGCUGAAGACAGAUUCAGAGAAACGUUCUACAGCAGAUGACACAUGGGAUAGUACUGAGGAGCUGAAAAAAACAGAGGAGGACUUUGACAGCCAUGGGGAUGGUGGUAGCAAGUGGAAGGGUGUUGCCUCAGGAAUUGCAGAAGACCCCGAGAAGGCAGGGCAGAAAGCCUCCCUGUCCAUUUCACAGACAGGUUCCUGGAGAAGAGGCAUGUCCGCCCAAGGAGGACCACCAUCCCGGCAGAAAGCUGGGACAGGUGCACUUAAGACCCCUGGGAAAACUGAUGAUGCCAAAGCUUCAGAGAAAGGGAAAACGGCCCUGAAAGGCUCGCCUCUACAAAGGUCUCCUUCAGAUGCAGGAAGAAGCAGUGGAGAUGAGGGGAAAAAGCCCCCCUCAGGCAUUGGAAGGUCAACUGCCACCGGCUCUUUUGGGUUUAAGAAACCAAGCGGAGUAGGGUCGUCUGCUAUGAUCACAAGCAGUGGAGCGACAAUAACGAGUGGGUCAGCCACGCUGGGUAAAAUCCCCAAGUCUGCUGCCAUUGGUGGGACAUCAAAUACAGGGAGAAAAACCAGUCUGGACGGCUCGCAGAAUCAAGAUGACGUUGUGCUUCACAUGAGCUCAAAGACAUCCCUACAGUACCGCAGCCUGCCCCGCCCUGCAAAGUCCAGCACCAGUGGCAUUCCGGGUCGGGGGGGCCACAGAUCCAGUACCAGCAGUAUUGAUUCCAAUGUUAGCAGCAAGUCAGCGGGGGCCACCGCCUCCAAACUGAGAGAACCCACUAAGAUUGGGUCUGGGCGCUCCAGUCCCGUCACUGUCAACCAAACAGACAAGGAGAAGGAGAGAAUAGCAGUCUCGGACUCGGAGAGUCUGUCUUUAUCAGGUUCCCCCAAAUCCAGCCCCACCUCCGCCAGUGCCUGUGGCACACAAGGGCUCAGGCAGCCAGGAUCCAAAUAUCCUGACAUUGCAUCACCUACAUUUCGAAGGUUGUUUGGUGCCAAGGCAGGUGGCAAAGCCACCCCCGCACCUGGUGCCGAGGGAGCGAAAGCGCCCUCCGUCGUGCCUGGCCCCGGCGCCGCCUUGGCACGGCAGGGCAGCCUGGAGUCGCCGUCGUCGGGGACGGGCAGCGCGGGCAGUGCGGGCGGGCCGAGCGGCGGCAGCAGCCCUCUCUUCAGCAAGCCCGCAGACCUAGCUGCAGACGUGCUCGGCCUCAGCGCCUCGCUGGCGUCCAGCCCCGCGUCGGGCGGCCCGCCAUGGGCCGCCACUCUGAGCAGCUCCUCCGCGGGCAGCAAGGACACGCCGAGCUACCCGUCCAUGACUAGCCUGCACACGAGCUCCGAGUCCAUGGACCUCCCCCUCAGCCACCACGGUUCCCUGUCUGGCCUGGCCGCGGGCGCCCACGAGGUGCAGAGCCUGCUCGUGAGAACGGGCAGUGUGCGAUCCACACUCUCGGAAAGAUACACCCCAUCGUCUCGGCAGGCCAGCCAAGAAGAGGGCAAAGAGUGGCUGCGUUCCCAUUCUACGGGAGGGCUGCAGGAUACUGGCAGCCGGUCGCCUCUGGUCUCCCCUUCUGCCAUGUCAUCUUCUGCAACAGGAAAAUACCACUUUUCCAACUUGGUGAGCCCAACCAAUCUGUCUCAAUUUAACCUGCCCGGGCCCAGCAUGAUGCGGUCCAACAGCAUCCCAGCCCGAGACUCCCCCUUCGACCUCUACGACGACGCCCAGCUGUGCGGGAGUGCCACGUCCCCCGAGGAGAGGCCUCGCGCCGUCAGCCAUUCGGGCUCAUUCCGGGACAGCAUGGAGGAAGUUCAUGGCUCUUCGUUGUCACUGGUCUCCAGCACUUCCUCUCUUUACUCUACAGCUGAAGAAAAGGCUCAUUCAGAGCAAAUCCAUAAACUGCGGAGAGAGCUGGUUGCAUCACAAGAAAAAGUUGCUACCCUCACCUCUCAACUCUCAGCAAAUGCUCACCUUGUAGCAGCUUUUGAGAAGAGUUUAGGGAAUAUGACGGGCCGAUUGCAAAGUCUAACCAUGACAGCAGAACAGAAGGAGUCUGAACUUAUAGAACUAAGAGAAACUAUUGAAAUGCUGAAGGCUCAGAACUCUGCUGCCCAGGCAGCCAUUCAGGGGGCACUGAAUGGGCCAGACCACCCUCCCAAAGAGCUCCGCAUCAGGAGACAGCAUUCCUCCGAAAGUGUUUCCAGUAUCAACAGUGCCACGAGCCAUUCCAGCAUUGGCAGUGGUAACGAUGCUGACUCCAAGAAAAAGAAAAAGAAAAACUGGCUGAGAAGCUCCUUCAAGCAAGCCUUCGGCAAGAAGAAGUCCACCAAGCCUCCUUCCUCCCAUUCGGACAUUGAGGAGCUCACCGACUCGUCGCUGCCCGCGUCCCCCAAGCUGCCCCACCGCGCGGGCGACUGCGGCGCGGCCGCCCUGAAGCCCUCGCAGUCGGCCUCGGCAAUCUGUGAAUGCACAGAGGCUGAGGCAGAGAUAAUUCUGCAGCUGAAGAGCGAGCUCAGAGAAAAGGAAUUAAAAUUAACAGAUAUUCGGCUGGAGGCCCUCAGUUCUGCUCACCAUCUUGACCAGAUCCGGGAAGCCAUGAACCGGAUGCAGAACGAAAUUGAAAUACUGAAGGCUGAAAAUGACCGUUUGAAGGCAGAGACUGGUAACACAGCUAAGCCAGCUCGGCCACCAUCAGAGUCCUCAGGCAGCACUUCCUCCUCACCCUCUCGGCAGUCUUUGGGACUUUCUCUCAACAAUCUGAACAUCACAGAGUCUGUUACCUCAGAUAUUUUGCUAGAUGAUGCCGGUGACACAGCUGGACAUAAAGAUGGCCGCAGUGUGAAGAUCAUAGUCUCCAUAAGCAAGGGCUACGGUCGAGCAAAGGAUCAGAAAUCUCAGGCAUAUUUGAUAGGAUCCAUUGGUGUUAGUGGAAAAACCAAGUGGGAUGUCUUAGAUGGUGUAAUUAGACGUCUCUUUAAGGAAUAUGUAUUCCGAAUUGAUACAUCCACUAGCCUUGGUCUGACCUCUGACUGUAUUGUUAGCUACUGUAUAGGGGAUUUAAUUAGAUCCCAUAGCCUAGAAGUGCCUGAACUGCUGCCUUGCGGAUACCUUGUUGGAGAUAAUAACAUCAUCACUGUGAACCUGAAAGGGGUGGAAGAAAACAGUUUGGACAGUUUUGUUUUUGAUACGCUAAUUCCUAAACCAAUUACCCAAAGGUACUUUAACUUGUUGAUGGAGCAUCACAGAAUUAUACUCUCAGGACCUAGUGGUACUGGAAAGACCUAUUUAGCAAACAAACUUGCUGAAUAUGUAAUAACCAAAUCUGGGAGGAAAAAAACAGAGGGUGCAAUUGCCACUUUCAAUGUGGACCACAAGUCAAGUAAGGAACUGCAGCAAUAUCUAGCUAACCUGGCUGAGCAGUGCAGUGCUGAUAAUAAUGGUGUCGAGCUCCCGGUUGUGAUAAUUCUGGAUAAUCUUCAUCAUGUGGGCUCUUUGAGUGAUAUCUUCAAUGGUUUCCUCAACUGUAAAUACAACAAAUGUCCAUAUAUUAUUGGAACAAUGAAUCAGGGAGUUUCUUCUUCACCAAAUCUAGAGCUGCAUCACAAUUUCAGGUGGGUACUGUGUGCAAACCACACAGAGCCAGUGAAAGGCUUUUUAGGCAGAUACCUCCGAAGGAAACUGAUUGAGAUAGAAAUCGAAAGGAACAUACGCAAUAAUGACUUAGUCAGAAUUAUAGAUUGGAUUCCAAAGACAUGGCAUCAUCUCAACAGUUUUUUGGAAACACACAGUUCUUCUGAUGUUACCAUUGGUCCCCGACUUUUCCUUCCCUGCCCCAUGGAUGUGGAAGGUUCUAGAGUGUGGUUCAUGGAUCUCUGGAACUAUUCUUUGGUACCUUAUCUUCUGGAGGCAGUGAGAGAAGGUCUUCAGAUGUAUGGGAAGCGGGCACCUUGGGAAGAUCCCUCCAGGUGGGUGCUGGACACGUACCCAUGGAGUGCAGCAGCUCUACCUCAGGAGGGCCCCACGUUGCUGCAGUUGCGGCCAGAAGACGUUGGGUAUGAGGGCUGUGUAUCCACUAAGGAGGCCACAACCUCCAAGCACAUUCCACAGACGGACACAGAAGGGGAUCCCCUGAUGCACAUGCUCAUGAAACUGCAGGAGGCGGCCAGCUACACGGGCACGCAAGGCUGCGAGGGCGCAGGCGAUGGCCAGCACGAGGGCGGGCAGGAGGCAUCGCUGGAGUCCACCCUCUAGAGGGCGCGGGAAGUGAGGGGAGGAGACUACGCUUUCUGAAAGUGUUGUGAAGUAAGGUGUUUUCGCGAAGCCACUGCCAGUAUGGAAGUCUUGCCUGCCGGGGCCCUGACCCAGAGCCGUGAUUUCCAAGGAGGCAGCAGCGCCAGGUCUGAGCUUCUAGGCAUGUUUAUACGGGCCGGGCGCUAGAAGGCUCCAUCAGUCAGCUGGGAAGGACCCUGGCGGCAGGGCACCUGACUCAAUUGCACAUGGGAUAGCCAAACUGGACUUUCUUUUCUUCCUCUUUAAAAGUUUACAACGCAGACCUUUUUUUGUCCCUUCCUUUCGUGUCCCCUGAGGGGCCGCUGUCCCCGUGCAGGGCUCUCUCCUCUCCGUCCAGCCCCCUUUGUGCCCCAUGGUGCUGGUCACAGGGCCCCAGUAGUGUUUGUGCUCUGCGCUCACCCCAUUCCAAAACGAAGCCAAGAGGCCAGGCCUCGGCAAGCACACGUGAGAUUGUGCCACCCCCAGAAAAACAGGACUGUGGCAGGGAAGCUGGGAGAGCGCCCCACCCACUUCUCAGUGUAGGAGCCGCUGGUUUUAUAAGGCUGUUUUUACCACAGUGGUCUUUUUAACCCACCUGCCCACGCCCUUCACAAGAGUUUUAUACCAGUUAUUUAGACAACACUGAAAAAAGGCUUUCUUAGGGCUUUCUUCGUGUGAGCCUUUUCAGUGGAAGAAGGAACAUUUCCUAUGGUGCUCUCACUGCCUUAAUCAGACUUCUACGAUAGUUUAGCCAGGGGUUUCAGACCACUGGUUAUUCCCACUGUCUUUUCAUUGAUAACCAAGUGACAUCAGUUCAUACAGUAGCCUCAUCUCUCUUUGUUUGUUUGAAGAAAUGGGUAGGAGAAACAUUUGUGGUUUUACCUUGUGAACAGAUUGCUUUGCCCAUCCUCCACAAUAGCCAAGGAACCCGGAAACCCUCUUUGCCCGUUACUUAAAAGCUGAGCCAUGUGGCUAAAUUCUAUACAGUUCUAGUUGAAAGAGUUUCAGAAGGUGGGAUAUUGAAUUCUUAUCCAGCUGAGCUGCAAGCACUACAGGCAGCAUGAGCACAAUUAUUUGGCUUUCCUCCCCGCUUUUUUUUUUCUUUUUUUUUUUUUUAAUGUUUUGAGCAUGUUGUUUUGAUUGCUAUUAUUGUACAUGAGAAAUUCAGCAUUAAAGAACACUGAAGCAGUGAAGUCACUGUGGAAAAAGAAGCGUUUAUACUGUAAAAGAAGGUUAGAUUUGCACAGUCUACUGGGUAGGUAUUGUAAAUAAUAAUUUUAAAAACUUGCACAAAUCCAAAUGACCACACACAAAAAAGUAUUUUAUCCUGUUGGUGUUAAGAGGUGUUUCACUUGCUGAGAUUUCCUGUACAUUGCAAACAAAUACAGAAUGCAGAUUCUCAAAGCUGUUAUUAUCUGGUGUGUUUGUCCUGUGUUUACGGUUGUCAUGACUAUGCAGGCGCUAUCAGUGCUAGAGUGAGCAUGCUUCAGAGCUGUCCGAGAAGCUGGUGCAGUUUGGGAAAAGUAAAAAUGUCUGGAAGUGCAUCUGUUGUGGCAGGCUUUAAAGAGAGUGCAUGAAAACUGAUUGGAGUCUCUGGAGAAGUCACCACCACACACAGGGGACAGAAUUCAGGUGUAUAAAACCCAAGGGCUAGGCCAUGGUGUAGACCUGUCCUGUGCGUGUGAAAAUGUGUUACUUUCAGGAUGCUCAAUUGGUGCUACUCUCUGUGACCACUCAUGAGUCAGUUGCUACAGAACCAUAAUAGCACAAGACAUCUGUGCAGUUCCCGAGUGCCACAAAGUCCAUGGGUCCCACAUGGUGCUAUUGCCCUAAGGGAAAUCAGAACUGAAUUUAUGCACAUAGAAUUGUCACCCUGACUUUGAAGCCUCAAACAUGGAUCAAGAUCUGUUGUGAAACAUCAGUACAUGUAGCUGGAUGAGUGACUAGUUGCCCUUGUACAAUAUGUGACCUAAGAAAAUUGCUAAUCUUUCCCUGACAUUUUGAGAAACACAGUCCAAACAUGAUCAUACACAGAACUUCCUGCAAUACAUCCCAGUAGGUCCACCUAGUUUACAACUUAAACUAGUUUGUGAAACAUUUGUCUGUAUACAUUUUAUAUUUUGUACAUUUUUGAUGUAACAUAUCAUGUAAAUAGGCAGAAACAGUGAAAUAAAUCAUCUGAAAAGUUUUGUAGUCUUUGUAAAGCCCCAACAAUAAGUACUUGGUGUCAAUGGACUUAACUGGAUGAUGUAUUUUCUAUUGGUUUAUUGUUCCUCUAGCUUGUAAACCAGCUUGCAUAUAUUUUUUUGCAAAUGUGCACCCUGUAUCUGUCUAAAUUAUUACUUUGCCAUUAAAGUGGAAUUAUUUAUUGACAAAAA